AUGAUUGUUCCCAAGCCGCCAGUGAAAUUAGAGGGCCACUGCUCGGUCAUUCAUGACAACACCCUGUACACCUACUCCGCUAAUGGAUUUGCUUCGAUCCCCCUCGAGAGGAAUGGAACGUGGACGGAACUCACCAUGGGAGAGCCAGUCUCUAAUGCGGCCUGCGUCACGGGUGGAGUCGACGGUAAAGGAGACCAACAAGCGUUUUACGUCGUCGGGGGAAUCCCGUCUAAGUCCCAAGGAAAUGGCCCCGGUGUGCAACGCUAUUCAUUUAAGGAUAAGAAGUGGAAGUCCUUUGAGCCCUCUCGCGGCGACAUGGCCAAUCGCACCUCUCACAGUGCCGUUUACCUCGAAUCUUCUUCCUCCAUUCUAGUCUAUGGCGGCCACCAGACUCACCAAACCGAUGCAUCGUCCGCCACCUUCGUUAUCAAUACAGCCGACCCCUACAACAUUUCGUCCUUCGAGGCGUCCAAGGCAUCACCCGUUUACCAUCCGAUCUUGCUGCCGUGGAGCGACAAGGAGGCGGCAUUGGUGGGCGGUAUAACCGACAAGAAACAGGUGUAUUUGUUCGACCCCGUCCAAGGAUGGCGCAGCUCCCAUGUACGGAUAUCCAAGGAGCUACCCGAUCAGGUGAGAUGUGCCAUUGUGAGUGGAUCGGAUGAAAGCAAGAUCCUGGAAGCCUUUGACAUGAGCACCUCGCCGAACACCGUCACCAGCGAAACGCUACUGAUGUCCGCUGGGAAGCCCGCACUCUCGAAGUCGAAAUCGAGAACGAAGAGAAUCACCAUCGAUGACUAUCCCAAGUACGACGAUUCCCUGGCCUCUUCGACAAAGAGGCAAGAUUAUUCGUUGGCACAGGGCGGCAAUCAGGUCGUUAUCUCCAGUGGAAGCGGUACCGACACUUUGGCUAUCUUUAACCAGACAUCUAACAGCUGGGUGAAUGCGACCAAGCUGUUCUAUGGCGACAAACCUCGGCAGCAGAUUCUCCCAACCACGACAACUUCGUCCGGUCCUUCCGCCACCGCUACUGAAUCGGGCGCGACUACGAGCCCUGCAGCUGGCUCCAAGACGGACAACUCCAACGUGGGCACCGUCCUGGGGGCGACUCUGGGAAGUAUCUUAGGCGUUGCGGCGCUUUUGAUCGUGAUUAUUCUCCUCCUUAAGCGCAAGAAGAAUGCCAUGAAACGGGCGGCACAGGCCCAAAACGGCGGCGACAAGGACCGUCUAAGCUUCCAGGAUCAGGGUGUAGAGCCCCUAACCCAGUCUGCAUACCCUAUGGCGAAGGGUCCAGCACCGCUGGCCGCCACGUCGAUGGACUCCCUGGCCAUUUUUGCAGGUAAUGUGGGCGAUGAAAAGUCUCGAUCCACUGGCGUUCGCCCCCCGCCUGCUACGAAGCCGCCCUUGAUGAAACCAAGCCCCUUGUCGAUCCACUCAGAUGGAGAGCUUACAGCGGUUGCCUCGCCCCGUUCGAUGGACAAGGCCAUCGAAGCGCAAAGUCCUGGCGAUCGGAGGACCGAUGAAGGAUGGGGUCGGUACUUCCAGGACAACAGUGCUGUAAACCUGGCGUCCGAUCAAACACCACAAGCGCCAUUUGCCAGAUCAGAUGACCGAGCGAGUCAGGUGAGCCAAUGGCCGGUGCCCCAUCUUACGCCUCUGAACAUGGGUCUUUUGGACGAGCCCAAGCCCUUGGGACGAGUGGUUACAGGCAGCCCUACCACCGAGCACGCGUCAUCUCCCAAGGAUGGACGCUACAUCAACAUUCCCGAGAGCCAGUCCGCUCGCAUUUCCAGUGCCAGCUCCAUCAGCGCUACAUCGGAUGAUGAUUAUGAACGCCGUGAUGGGCUGUCGAACGGUAUACAGGAUCCAAACGGACACUAUCAACACAGCUGGAUGGGGCGACCACCCAGCAGCACGUACAGCAGAAGCAUGUAUAACCCAAGCAUGUACAAUCCAAGCCCGCGCGACAUGCCUUCGAUGCCACCACAGUCCGCCCACGAACCAGGAGCUCGGGAUACAACUGCCAGUACCAACACGCGCGGAUCGAGUGUGCUCAUCCCUGACAACUAUGAACAUAUGCCACCAUCCCGCGACAACAUCAACUCCGACAUGAGUUGGCUCAACUUACACGCUGAACGCUAA